GGGCGUUAACGGUAUAUAAAGGGAGAAGUGCGUAUCACUGAAAUUUUCUGCAGAUCUACUUCACCAGAGUUGCACCUGCUUCCACCAUGUCAAUCUUCCGGUAUUUGAACAAGCAUAGAGAGCUGAUUCCUCUGGCUAUGAUUAUGACCACCACGCUGAGUGGGAUGGCGUACACCGGCUUGAGAGCCUUGAGGAGAUCAGAUAUAGUCAUUGAUAGGUGGCACAAUCCUGAACCAUGGGAAAAAGUGGAUCCUACCCAACCCCAAAAGCUGUUUACAAUCCGUCAGAAAUGGGAGCCCAUCCAAGAACUGGAGGAGGUCCGAAAAGUCUUCAAGGGGUGAGGCCCCAGCCCUACCAAACGACACUCUCUGAAUCUAGUGGAAUCAUUUCUGCACAAACUAGAGGAUCGAAACCAGUGUGCGGAAAUGCUUCUGCUACAUUUUUAGAGUCUCUCUCCAUUAUGUUUUGGACUCUGGAGGAGGUUACUGUCGGGUUUUUGAAACCGCCCAACCUAGAACCCUAUCGUGGGGAAAAAAAGAAAAACGUGUUAGAAAAGGCGGCUUGUUGUACUGGUUUUGAGUUCUGCCCUGCUUCUUGUAGAAAGACAAAGCAGCAUUUCUCCGUGUGUGAGCUUUAAAAAGAGUUGGGUUGUUGGGGGG